AUGGAGUCCAUCAGCGCCGCAUUGCACUCGUACAUUCGAGGCUACGACAGAGAUAGGCUUUCGAGGGAACUUGAGCGAGCGGAGGGGCCCGUAGACAUGGGCGCGGUUCAGUUCAAGGCGUCAGACUAUCUCCAACAACUCGAGUGCUGCAAUCUCUUGUGGGUGAUUAGGGGCUUGAUUACCGAGCUUUCAGAGUCCUUGAGCGAUGAGGUGGUAUUUGACAGUGCCGUGAGCAACUACAAGAAAUUACUGGGCAAGGUCAAAGAGCUGAAGGAGAUGAUCGCUGGCGAAGCGAUAAUAGUGACGGAGAUCAACAAGCAAACACAGGAGUUUGGGGUAAGAAUAAAGCAGGAAAUGGUUUCGCUUCUUUCGAAAUAUCUCGAUUUCCAAGAUGGCUCUCUCCGUUACAACAACAAGCACAAUGACGUGACCUUCCUAGAGUAUCUUAGCUGGAGCUACGAAUUUUGUGCCCUAGUGGAGGACGAGUUCUUGCACCAUUUUGGCUUCAAUAGGCUUUUUGGCCGUGAGCUGUCUGCGAAUCUGGGACGGGCCAACAAGCUUUCGUACGAUGGAGAGCAGAUCGUUCUUGAAUUCGGCAGCCAGACGACGUUUUCUGGUUUUCUCCAGAGCAUCGAGAACACUAUCAAUUUCUUCAACCUGUUUAUGGACCACAACAGAAACGGCGAAAAGUAUCACCUUGGGGCCGUCAAAGUGAAUGUGUCACGGCUUCUCAUGGCAGCACUUAAGGAGCGCAUUUUUGACUCCGCGAACAUAUAUUCGUUGAUCUUGAGCAAAUACGGGGCUGGCGACAGCAAGACCAUUGGCCAGUUGCAGGUGAUAUCCGAGCUUUUGGCUCAAGACGGGUGGUCGCGAGACGGCACAUGUGACCUGGAGUUCUGGAUUGACGACCUGGUCAGUUACUGGGUGGAAACGCUGGUGGACAAGAAGAUUGACGAAAUAAAGGAAAUGGCCAUCAGUGGAGAGUUCGAAAAGCUUGAAAAAGAAGAGCUGUGCGAAAAAGAAGCCGCACCGGCAGACGAAGAUGACUGGAACGACGAAUGGGACAAGGAUUGGGACGACAAUCCAGACACACCGGAGAGCCCAACUAAGGUUGCAGAGGAUGACGGCUGGGACGCAUGGAAUGAAGACUGGAAGGAUGAUAAGAACGAUCUGGGCGUCAAGUCAUUAUCGACAAACAGCAAGUCGUCGAAUGUUUCCGCCACAGUAAAAUACUCCAGUGUUUGCAGUUGGAUGAAAAAUCUGGUGGCAGAUUACUACAACAACUACGAGCAGCUAAAGUCCAAGGCUCAGUCUGUGGAAAAUGCAGAACACCUGUUCAAAAUCAAUAUCAAAAAGCUUGUGGUGUGCUAUUUCAUGGUGGUAAGCGAGUCGUAUAGUGGUUGGGUUUCGUUCUACACUGACUACUCCAAAAUCGUCGACGAUCUGGCUGUCAAGUACUCUGUGAACCUGGAGUCCUGCCACGCCCUAAAACAGAGGUUCCGCAUACGACAUGUCCAGCAAUAUUUAGAGACCAUAUUCAAAACCAUCCGGCCGCACGAGGACGUUUUGUUCCACGACAACGGCUACGAGAACAGUGUGCGUGCGCGCCACUCCAAGGCACUGCUCCGAGAGCUAGACGAGGUGUUUGGUGAAAUCAAUAAAGCAUACGUGAACGGAACAGGCGUGAACAACGUUCUGGUGCACGAGGUGGCUAGCUCGAUGGUGACCCAGGUCAGCGGAUAUCUAAGCCAGAUGCUUGUUUCGCGCUCCAGCAUCGAUUCCGAGGAGUCCCAAAUCCUGUCCGACACCCUGGCUGGCUUUCUGCGUCUCUUGGUGCCGUCCGAGCUGCCCGAGCUUCGGAAAAUACAGAGCUACCAAAAACUGGAGCAGGUGAAGCUGGUGUUGGACUCUGGUCUGCGCGAGAUCCUGGACAGCUUCUACGACGCGAAAUUCUUUGAGCUGGCCACAAGCGAGUUGAUCGGACUGGUCAGGAGCCUGUUUGUGGACUCCUCGCUGCGCCAGAGCGUAAUUGACGAGAUUUUAGAAAUGAGAAGUAAUUGA